CAGAAGGCUCACAGAUGAAUAGUAACCCUUUAUCAAGGGCCACUUCUGUCCUGUAGACUGUUAAGUGAGCCCUCACCAAGCAUGCAACAAAUCCUAGGGCGAAGUAACAUUUUUGCUUUGUCCAUUAACCAUUGCUCACCUCCUUCACAAGGUGUUGUCCUCAAAAAGCGUCACUUCCAGUAUGCACUGUCUGGAAGGAGCCAAAGGAUUAGCAGCAAUGAUGAGGUGCAGGACCCUAAGAUAAACGAAUCAGCACUCUCGAAUAAAAUGAACCAGGCUGGUAAACCAAAGAGCUGUACCUCAGAUGAGCUAUCACCAUGCAUGGAUAAACAGCCUCUGCACAUUCCACGAAAGUUUCGCAUGAGGGAUCAGUAUGGAUACCUUUUGCCAAAAAAACACACAGCAAGGGCUUCAGCCUCUGCCUCAUAUUUACCUUCUUCACAUGUGGAAGGGUUCAACAAGCUUACUCUCAAUGUCAAAAGUCUUAAACUUGGAACAUUAGACUUUAUAUUUAGAGGGCCUGUCACAUUUUCAGUGGAUUAUAUUGAGAUUACAAACAAAGUGUGGAUUCAGGCAUUAAACCUCACCAGCUGUGAAUGGUGCAAGGGACAUGAAGUGGCAGCUCUGGUUCUUCAAAUGAACGAUCCAGCACUUUGGCAUCUGAGAGAGCAGCUUGCCAUGUCGACAGAUAUGGGGAUGUCAGAUCAGAGCAAGAAUCAACAAGAAAAAUACCUCAUCAUCAUCUUUGAGAGUGCACCAACAGUGUUGGAGGAAGCCACGCUAGAAGAAAUAUUUACAGAAAUCGGCAGGCUUAGAAAUUUUAGUAACUUCUUUGUCAAACUUGCAUGUGAGGAAGCGACCAGCAGACUAAUGGGAUACAACUGUUCUCACAAGGAAUUAUACUCGGUUGCCUUUUCACCCACUAAUGUUCAAAGCGGCAUAACAACCCUGAGUGUCUCAGACAGUGAAGAUGAUGACCUGAUCAAGGGCUCAUCCUCACACACUCAAUCAGCCAAAAUACUGGUCAUAUACCCACCUCCCCCAGCUAAGGGUGGCUUUUCCAUCACAGAGGAGGACCUCGGUUGUCUCGACGAGGGCCAGUUCCUUAAUGAUGUGAUAAUAGAUUUCUAUUUGAAAUAUUUGGUUUGUAAGAAGUUAAAGGAGGAGGAUUCCAAGAGGUGUCAUGUGUUUAGCUCCUUCUUUUACAAUAGUCUCACUCAGGAUGACCUGAAAGAGGAUUCAGAUAGCACAGAUUUAUCCAUUCAAGAGAGGAGGCAUAACCGGGUGAAAACAUGGACCAGACAUUUUGAUAUUUUCAAGAAAGACUUUAUUUUUGUCCCAAUUAACCAGUCUGCUCACUGGUACCUGGCUGUUAUCUGCUUCCCGGGCCAAGCAUCAUGCUGCUCCAUCAUGGAUAUUUGUAAGAAUAAGAAUGAGGAGAACUCGUUUACUCCCAGUUCACCUUUUUCAAACCCCAUGUCACUUUUCUACAGACACCAAACAUCUGAGCAGGUUUCCAACUGGAGUACAGAUGAAGGUGAGAUGGAUGAAGGGUUCUACUUUCUUUCAGAUAAUGAAAUUCAGCAUGAUGGAACAAGCAAAUAUGCAUCUAAGAUAAGUGAUACUACUGCCAAACGGCCCUGUAUUCUCAUUAUGGAUUCCCUCAGCUGUGGUGACAAGCCAACAGUGGUAAAAGUGCUCCAAGAGUAUUUGGAGAUGGAGUGGCGAGUGAGAAAAGGCUCAGUGUGGAGUUUUGGGAAACGAGCCAUGAAGGGAUGGAGAGUACAGGUCCCGCAGCAGGAUAAUCAUACUGAUUGUGGAGUUUAUGUUUUGCAGUAUGUGGAAAGCUUCAUUACAAACCCACCAAAAAAGUUCCAUUCGUCCAUGGAUCUGAGGGACUGGUUUUCACAAAGACUUGUGAAAAAAAAGCGGGAAAAAAUUAAACGCCUUAUUUAUAGACUCCAUCAACAACAAGCUGAAGUAGGAGUAUGAGUGCCUCCUAGAGAUUGUCCUCAAUAUUGCAAACACAACUUCAGCUUUCAAACGUCUGUAAUGAUGGAAGGAUUUUGUUUUCUGUGUUACUGUAAGACAAUGCAAGACUUUGUUUGUAAGAUAAUUAAAACAGUAUAUUGCAAAAUAAAUAUUUUAGUUAAAUCUGUUUGGUUUAUUGACUU